ACAGGGCUUAUGGGACAUGAAUUACAAGAAAGUAAACAUCAUCUACUGCAUGGGAUAUUUUGUUUGCUUUUGUUUUGUAUGCUGCGUGUUAAAGUCUGUGUCUGUUUACAGAUUUCUAGAUUUUUAACAGCGAUGCUCUGGGUGAAGAUAAGUCAGCCAAACGCAAGGUGGCGGUGUUGUUGUAUACGUAAAAUGAAACGAUGGCUAAAGUGGUCCUAAACACCAGUGACCUGCCUUUUAAUUUCUGUGUUAACUCUUUGCUUAGGGUUCGUAGUUGUUUAGUUUAAUUAUCAAUCUGUCAAUUUGUGAAUUGUUGUAAUAGCUCCACGAUGGUGCCGUCAUUCAUCCGGAUUUAUUGUGAAAAACCCGGGCAGGACACUGCUGUUUCCUGUUAGCUCACGCGCUAAUGUGUAAUGAAACCCCCCAGACUGCCCUUGACAGAGACACGUGAGUUUAGCCAAGUUAUAACUUAUAUUUAUACUAAAAACAUGAGUAAAAUCUAGGUUAAUUAUUUAUCAAACGCGGGGAAUUUUAAGGUGAAUCGGGCUUCCGGUAUUGGCUCCUAUAAAUAUGACUUCUCAUUAUAAACUACUACUGGUUUUACUGCAGCGACGUGUUAAAGUAGCCCAAAUAGCCUUACCAACAGUGAUCAAAGCAAAUGUAUCAGGUGGUCGUGGCUUUAUCCAGCACAGGUUAUUGUCCUCUGCAGUUCGAGAUAUCAGGAUUAAAAGUAUAUUUGAGACGCAGACUGUUCUGAGGAGCAGCUGUCUUCAUUUCUGUACCAAGUCACCGAUAGAAGAUGAGUAUCCUCCUCUGCCAGAUUAUCAGUCUGAUUUAGAUUUGCAGAAAAAAGAGAUUUAUAUUAUUCAUGUGAAAGGUCUGCCAUGGUCUUGUACACCCCAGGACUUAUUACAUUUCUUUUCCGAGUGCAGAAUUCGUGACGGUGUGAAAGGAAUUCACCUUACCACUGAUCGAUCAGGCAGGCCGUCCGGAAGAGCAUUCAUUGAAGUGGAACAUGAAGAAGAUGUCAGGAAAGCCCUGGAGAAGCACAGGCAGUAUUUGGGUCCUCGCUAUGUAGAAGUUUAUGAAUUUACCAACAAUGAUGCUGAAGCAAUCUUAAAAAAUGCUGAGGAUGGGGCAUCCUCAGACUGUGUGGUACGUCUCCGGGGUCUGCCUUAUUCCUCCUCUGAGGCAGAUGUUGGACAGUUUUUUUCAGGUUUGGAUAUCAUGCAGAAUGGCAUAACAAUUGUUAAAGAUCACAAAGGGAGGAACUCUGGUGAAGCCUAUGUUGAGUUUACUUCCCAAGAAGCAUUUGAAGAGGCUUUGCGAAGAAACCGAAAAUUGAUUGGAAACCGAUACAUUGAGGUUUUUCCGAGUAGACGAGAUGAGAUCCGUACAGGCUGGAGGAACCGCUCAAAUUCAGAUCCACUCCAACACAGUUCUCCUCCUACUCCCAGAAGACUUACAUCUAUGGCAAACAACUCUCAUAGAAAUGAAUUACCUCUGAGUUCAUCCCUGCUAUCACAUUAUGUUCAUAUGAGGGGCCUCCCAUUUAGUGUGUCUGGAGAAGACAUUGUCAAGUUCUUCUCCCCGUUGGUGGUGUCAAAAGUGCUAAUUGAGUUUGGCCCAGAUGGACGGCCAAGUGGAGAAGCUGAUGUGUACUUCACUUGUCAUCAAGAGGCAGUCGAAGCCAUGUCCAGAGACAGAAUGCAUAUAGGAGAAAGGUAUAUUGAGCUCUUCCUCAACUCUGAACCGGAUAGUGAAAGAAGGUGAAUGAAAAUGGGAGACCAGACACAGCAAUUAAGCAACACAAAGAACUGUUAUAUUAAGUCAGCAUGAACAUUAAAUAAACAUUCCUGCAGUUUA